AUGAACCACAUGAAGAUAGCCAGACACGGCUCCAUAGAUAUGGACAUGGAAGCCCAUUCCGGGCUGCCCUGGCUUGAUAGCCCCGUCAUGCUGCAUUCGUCCCGGGCGGAUAUGUGCAAGUUAACGCCUGAGCAGUGUGCUUACCGACGGGGCCAUUGGCGGUAUUGGUAUGAAGCAGACCAUGUCUACGCCCUCAAUACCGUCUACUUCCUCUGCGCUACGGUAUUCGUGUUUGCCGUCGCUCAUCUCGCGUCGAGAUAUGCGCCCGCGCGAGUACGGCGCAGCUCGCUUUGGCAGAAGGGAACCGCUGCUGGGCGGUUUCUCUCCUACAGGGGAUUUCGGAUCCCCGGCGUGGGAUACUGGGCUGGCAGUGCAGGCGUUGCUGCACUGAUAGCGGUGGGGGCUGUUUUCUUCUUUGCGAUGACUCUCGGUCCUCGACCAUACUACUGGCCAAACACCGAUACGGUCAAUUUCGGAGGCAGCCCGCCUAUUGCGACCAGGACGGGGUGGAUGGCUGUUGCGUUGUUGCCGUUUGUAUUAGUCCUCGGGACCAAAGCGAAUCUAGUUUCAGCUCUGACUGGCGUACCGCACGAGCGGCUUCAAAUCUUCCACCACUGGACCAGCUACGCUAUGUUCGUGCUGGCACUGGUGCAUACCUUCCCGUUCAUCGUGUACAACAUAUCCAAGGGCCAAAUGGUCUCUGAGUGGAAGGGCAGUGUCGUCUACUGGACGGGUGUAGUUGCGCUGGUUGCGCAGGCUUAUCUGACGUUCAUGUCGCUGCCAACUAUACGAAACCGUUACUACGAGUUCUUCAAAGCAACGCACUUCCUUAUCGCGCUGCUAUUCAUCCUGUUCUUCUUCUUCCACUGCGAUUUCCGGUUAACCUCUUGGGACUAUUUCAUUGCCGCCGGCUCUUUGUAUAUAUUCUCCCUGCUCACCUCCCUAGUCCGCACCCACCUCAUCAACGGCCGACACACCGCGACCCUUUCCGUCCUCCCCUGCGGCCUAUUGCAAUUGAGAAUCCCUACGAUUCUCUCCUGGAAGCCGGGCCAGCAUGUCUUCAUCCGUUUCACGGGUAUUCAAAGCGUAGGACUUCACAGUCUCACCUCCCACCCAUUCACCAUCUGCUCGACGGCGCACGAUAUCCAGUCCUUGAAGAGAGCGAAUGAGAUGGUCUUCUACGUUAAACCAAAGAAAGGCAUCACUGGCCGUCUUGCCAAACUUGCGUCCAGGAAGCCGGGGUUCACCCAGACGGUGCUGCUCGAAGGGCCGUAUGGCGGGAUCGGGAUGGGCGCACUGGAACGGUCAGAGAGUGUUCUUAUCAUCUCCGGCGGUUCCGGCGGUGGCUUCUCGCUUGGUAUUCUCGAGGCUGCUCUAAAAAUCUUCACGGAGUCAGGCUGUGGAUGCGGAGCUGAAAAGGGUGAAAGGAGGAGGAUCCAGGUGGUCUUUGCAUGUCAGCGUCCAGAUGUAGCAGCUUGGUACAGGGGUGAGAUUGAGUUGUUGCUGGAUCUUUAUGGCGUCAAAGGGUCUAAAUAUGACCUUGACAUCGAUGUCUCUAUCCACGUUACUUCGUCAAUGCCAUCGUUAAGGCAGGACAUCGAAACCGACAUCGAGAAGACCCUUGAGCCCCUCCCACCAUCCGGCCCAGCAGAAGAACCCACACAAACAGAGACCAAAACAUCAACAGCAGAUGACGCGAUCAACCCAGUUAGAUCAGCCUCAACCUCUUCCUCACACAAAACCCCCGUCUCAUGUGUACCCCGCACAUUCUCACAAGGGCGUCCGAAGCUCCCCUCAAUAGUUGCCAGCACGACCGACACCGGAAAGCAUGUCGCUAUCUAUGUAUGCGGUCCUGCUUCGAUGUUACAUGAUGUGCGGAAUGCAGCGGCUGCUGCACAGGAAGGAAUCCUGACUGGUAAGGCGGGCGGCCAGGUGUACUUGCACUCGGAGAGUUUUUCGUGGUGACGACGGGAAGUGGUAUAAAGGUACUGGGUUGAUUCACUAAGAAAUGCGCCCUUGGAUGAAUUAUAUAAGAAUACAAGGUAAUCACCAUGUGCUAGGUUAAGAGAUAAAGAGACUAAGUACAAACAAACAUCUUUAUUGAUUUUUAUUGAUCUUUAUUGAUCUUUCUUUAUUUGUGUUAUGGGUUCCUCGUACGGGACACCCUCCUUUCGGGACUCACCAAUCAGCGGCCUCGUACAAGCGGAUGCUUGCUUCACGCGGUCACCUUCCUGUAUACAAUUAGCUAUAUUAAAAAGAU